AUGUGUUUUGGAUUCUACGUUAAGCCGCAACCUCCACGCCGAGAGAAAUACGGGAACAAGAGCGAAAAAUAUCUUCGAGACUAUGAACGAUACGAGAAAGAAUAUGAAAAGUACAUGAACAAGGACAACAGGCGCAGGCGUAUGGCGAAUUCCAACACUGGCGCCGUUGCAGGAACUUCGGCUGCUGUCUCUGGUGGCCCUUGA